ACUGUGAUGUUGUGUUUCUUUCUUCUUUAAUUAUCUGCUUCUUUAUUCUUCUUCAACGUUCAAACCGCGUUUCCCAAGGACUUAACGGUCAUUUCAAUUUCAAAACCUUUAUUUUCCUUUAAUAUUCUUUAGUGAGCUGAAUGAUCAACAAAUUGAUCAAUUAGAAGAUAAUAUGGAGGAAAACGGAGAAGAGAAGUUGAUAGCAGUGGCCAGACACAUAGCCAAAACACUAGGCCACAACGAGUCAAUGGCCGACGAUAUUUUGCAGAUAUUUUCCAACUUCGACGGCAGGUUCUCUCGUGAGAAAUUAUCCGAUAAAAUGACCGGCGAUCACGAUUUGAGAGCCUGUGCUUCACUUGACCACACACUCGAGUCCUUAGAACGUCAGAUCUCUCAAUACGUCGCUGCCGAUCACCCGAUCUGGUCUGACUCGGCUGAUUCCUCUGCCUUUCUCGACUCCGUCGACGAAUUAAUCGCCACCAUUCGGUACUGGGCUCCAAUGGCAACGUCGGAUAAAACCGUCAGCGCGUGUCUGGCACGCGCCGAGGAUUUCAUGCAGCAAGCCAUGUUCCGUUUGGGGGAGGAGUUUAGGCUUUUAAUAGAACGUGGCUGCGAGACUUUUGAUCUAAUGCCAUCGUAUGUUAACAACGGGGAGUCAACGAUGUUUGACUCCGACGAAGAGGAAGAAAUGAUCGACGGCGGCGAGGACCACAACGAGAUCCCUGUAGCUCAACCGCUUACUGAUUACGAUGUUGUGAUCGACGCUCUUCCUUCGGGGACGAUCAAUGAUCUUCAUGAAAUAGCGAAACGAAUGGUGGCAGGUGGUUUUGGUAAAGAGUGCUCGCAUGUAUAUAGCAGCUGUAGGAGAGAGUUUCUAGAAGAAAGCAUGUCAAGACUGGGAGUACAAAAGCUAAGCAUCGAAGAAGUUCAAAAGAUGGUUUGGCAAGAUCUUGAAGAUGAAAUUAAUAAGUGGAUUAAAGCAUCAAAUGUGGCUCUCCGAAUCCUAUUCCCAAGCGAGCGUAGACUCUGUGAUCGCGUGUUUUUCGGGUUCUCAUCAGCUGCUGAUCUGUCAUUUAUGGAGGUUUGUCGAGUAUCCACUGUUCAGAUCCUCAACUUUGCUGAUGCGGUGGCGAUUGGAAGCCGGUCGCCGGAGCGAUUGUUUAAGAUUCUUGAUUUGUUUGAGACGUUGAGAGACUUGAUGCCUGAGUUUGAGUCUAAUUUCUCUGAUCAAUACUCUUUGGUUCUUAGAAACGAUGGAGUUUUGGUAUGGAAGAGGUUAGGGGAAACAAUAAGGGGGAUAUUUAUGGAACUGGAGAAUUUGAUCAGGCGUGACCCAGCUAAGGCUCCAGUGCCACGCGGUGGUCUCCAUCCAAUCACAAGGUACGUAAUGAAUUAUGUUCGUGCUGCUUGUCGGUCAAGAGAGACGCUGGAGCAGGUUUUUGAGGAGAAUGUUAAUGUUGUUGUUCCAUCCAAGGAUUCGUCUACUUCGUUGUCUGUUCAAAUAUCAUGGAUUAUGGAGCUGUUGGAGAGUAAUUUAGAGAUGAAGUCCAAGAUUUAUGGGGACGCUGCUUUGUGCUCUGUUUUUAUGAUGAAUAAUGAAAGGUAUAUUCUGCAAAAAGUCAAGGACAGUGAUGAAUUGGGUUCUCUUCUUGGAGAUGAUUGGAUUAGGAAACAUACUGCAAAAAUCAAGCAAUUUCAAAUGAGUUACCAGAGGAGUUCAUGGAAUAAGAUUUUGGGACUGUUGAAAGUAGAUGUUGGUAAUGCUGCUGGGAGGCCCUUGUCUAUGAAAGAUAAGAUUAAGUUAUUUAAGUCCCAAUUUGAGGAUACUUGUAAAAUCCAAUCACAAUGGAUCAUAUUUGAUGAUCAGCUAAGAAAGGAGUUGAAAAUCUCUUUGGCCAACCUUUUGCUGCCAGCAUACCAAAACUUCAUUAAGAGGUUUCAGAAUUCUCCUGAGGUUGGGAAGCAUGCAGAUAAGUAUAUUAAUUAUGGUGUGGAGGACAUUGAAAUGCAUAUUAAUGAGCUGUUCCAGGGAGUUGGUGGAUCAGCUGUGAGUAGAAAGUAAAGGCAGCUAUAGGGAAGGAAUGGCUUUUGACUCAACAAUGUCGGAUUGUCUUGGUGACUAGAUGCUUUUGUUUGAACAUGAAGCAAAAACAUUGUAUGUUGUAGGUAAUUAAGGAAUGGAUUAAUUUGUAGUGGUUUCGGCUUAUAGUUAUGGAAGUAUUGCUGGUUCGGAGCCUUUACGAGCACACAUAGCGAAGGAGGAAUUCUUGAGUUGAUUCCUCCUGCUAUCCUUUGGUUAGCUUGGAGCGGUGAUCAAAGUCCUUAUGAUGUGAUCAUCAGCAAUCUCUUCAGGGAGCCUAAUUAGCAUUCUCAUGGGUUUUAAUUAGUUGGAAGUACCUUCCAGAGGAGAAGAAAAAUUUCAGGUCGAAUUUGAAUGUUGGAAAUCUUAUACAUUCUGCCAUGAGGACAAUAUUCGGGCUCUCCUGAAUUACAUGUUAACUCCCAGUUCCUACAAUUUAAUUUUCAAUAUAAUCUCAUAAAUACUUAACCUCUA